GAAAGCUGUACAAAGACGCUACUGAGAAAAACUUGCAAAGCUCGAAGAGAGAGAAAGAGAAAAGAAGAGAGGGAAAAAUGGUGAGGUUGAUCAAGGCAUCAUCGUCCUCCUUUUCAGCAAUACGCCGCGUUUUAGGAAGAACAACAUCAGCUCAAUGUCAAUGGCGGAGAACUCUCUCUUCUCAUCCUAAUGACGAGGUGUUGGUUGAAGGAAAAUCUCAUUGCCGAACUGCUAUUCUUCAUCGUCCUGCUGUUCUUAAUGCUCUCAACACUAACAUGGGUGCGUUGCUUCAAAAGUAUUACAAAAGCUGGGAAGAUGAUCCUGAUAUUGGAUUUGUGAUGAUGAAGGGCAGUGGCAAGGCUUUUUGUGCUGGUGGAGAUAUUGUUACACUUUAUCGCCAUAUUAACAAAGGGAAGAUAGAAGACUGCAAAGAAUUUUUUGGGACUCUAUACACAUUUAUAUACAUGCUUGGCACAUACUUGAAGCCAAAUGUUGCCCUUCUAAAUGGUGUUACAAUGGGUGGUGGAGGAGGUGUUUCAAUUCCAGGGACAUUUCGUGUUGCAACCGACAAAACUGUUUUUGCCACCCCAGAAACUCUAAUCGGUUUUCAUCCUGAUGCUGGGGCCUCUUUCUAUCUUUCUCAUUUACCUGGGCACAUUGGAGAAUAUUUGGCACUGACCAGCAAAUCGCUCAGCGGUGCUGAAAUGCUUGCGUGUGGGCUUGCUACACAUUAUUCACUUAGCGCUAAGCUUCCACAAAUAGAAGAACAUUUAGUCAAUUUGGUCAGUGAUGAUUUUUCUGUUGUUGAGACUUCUCUGCAGGAGUUUGCUGACGUAGUCUCUCCUGACAAUAUGAGCAUACUUCACAGGAUGGAGACACUCAACAAAUGUUUUGGCCAUGACACUGUCGAGGAGAUAAUUGAUUCGCUGGAAGAUGAGGCAACUAAAACAGAUCAUGCUUGGUGUGCUUCCACUUUGAAGAGGUUGCGGGAAGUGUCCCCCUUGAGCCUGAAGGUUUCCUUGAGAUCUAUACGGGAAGGUAGAUAUCAGACUCUUGACCAGUGUCUUGCUCGUGAGUACCGGAUGUCGCUUCAGGGAAUCACUGGAAAGGUCUCAAAUGACUUCAUGGAGGGUGUACGGGCACGAAUGGUGGACAGGGACUUCUCACCUAAGUGGGAUCCACCGAGUUUAGAUAGAGUCUCCAAGGAUAUGGUUGAAGAAUACUUUUCCCCUCUCAGUGUAUCUGAACCGGAACUACAGCUACCAACAAAGCAACGAGAAGCAUUUUUGUAGUGACUUUGAAGGACCAUUACUAUCCAAAACAUUCAAUUUGGGUGAUUUUUGCUGUAAAUAAUCCUAUUGAAUUACUCUAAAUGAGAAUUAAUCACUGAAAUUGAAGCAAUGAAAAGUUGUGUUGCAGCUAUAUCCGAUUUAAUUGUAGAUUCAUGUUGGAUUCUCCAGAUUAAGAGUCUAUAGAUGUACUCCAAAUGGCUAACAGUGAGAGUUUGUAUACAUGUUCCUAACUGUUGUUUACAGAAAUUAAUGAAAAGUAAAUCCUUAAUUGUUUUUAGUA